UAAUUCACAUCAGAUUUUGUUUGAGUGGCAAAAACCUUAUAUAAAGAGCUCAUAAGAACAGAUCUAAAAGCAAACGUGAUAUAUAUUGGCAACAACAAAAAUGAAUUGCAAAAUUGGAUUCAUGAGCUCCCUGGUGAUUACUUCAAUAGUCAUCCUAUUUCUCUUGGUUUCAGGAAACGUUGAAGCUGAACCCCAAAACUGCAUUGGAUUAUGUAAAAUGCUUUUUGACUGUUCGGCCGCUUGCAUCAAGAUGGGAUAUGUAACUGGCCAAUGUGUCGGCUCGAAAAACCCCGAUAUAUGUUGUUGCAACCAUUAAAUGUUUCGUAUCUAUAUGUAUUUAAAAUAC